UACAAUGAACGUUGCAUAAUUACAUUUGUCUCAUAUUCAGCCUUGAAAUUUGAUGUGUUGAAAACAGUUAAUUGAAAUAUGACUAACGAAAGGAAAAAAUAGAGAAGGGAACAUUAAUUUUGAAAGGUUAUAUGUGAUUGUAUUUAAUUCAAAGAAAUGUGCAAUAGAGAGAUUUCCACUGUCACAUGAAGCAACAAAUAUUCAGACUUGAUUACAGACAAAAGACGAACUGUGUACGUUCAAGUUCAUUAUUCAAGAGAUAAUAAGGAAAAAAUGUGUUGCCAUAAACUUUGAAUCAAGCACAAAGAAGAAAAUACGGCACUAAGGAUUCAGUAGAAAAUGGUUAUUCAUGGGACAGCUAAUCAUUAUCUUGUGUACUACGGUCUGUAUACUCAUAUUGUUGUCCAGUACACGGUCUGCAAAAAAUGAUAUUACAUUUUUGGUUGAUACCACUGCUGAUAUUUCGCAAGACGAAUUUGAUCAAGUCAUCGACUUCAUUUACAACAUAACAAGUAGAUUGACAAUAGGACCAAAUGAUAGUAUGGUGGCUGUAGUUACAUUCAACACGUCUCCCAAGACAGAGUUUGAUUUAAACGAUAAAAGCGACAAAUCAAGUGUACUUGAUGCUAUAAAUUCCAUUAAAAACCACAGUCUAACUGGUAGUCGUGAAACGAAUAAAGCAUUAGAGCAUAUUAUAGAUAAUAUUUAUGUUUCACCGCAAGGAAUGAGGACAGACGCUCAGUCGUCGAUGAUACUUAUCACGUAUGGAUUAUCACAAUCUCCAACACAAACACAAUUCGCCGCAUUUUUCUUAUCUUCGUCAGUUCAAGAUAUUUACGUUUUAGGAGUUGGAUCACUGAUGUAUGAACCAACUGAAAGAACUGAUUUUCCAAACAUAGCAAGUUCAACGGAAAACAUAUUUUAUAUAGAAGAGAUACCAUAUCUGUGCCAUUACAUCUUAAAUACAACUAUCAAACUUGAUCCUAAUGCUAUACAGUCCGAAGUUGAUGGAUGCCCUGAAAUUACAACCACUUCGACAACAACAACAACAAUACCGACUACUACAGAAACGGAAACAACCGAAUUAACAUAUUCAACAGAAUUAACAUAUUCAACAGAAACAACAAAUCCAACAGAAACAACAAAUUCAACAGAAUUAACAUAUUCAACAGAACCAACAUAUUCAACAGAAUCAACGUUUUCAACAGAAUCAACAAAUUCAACAGAAUCAACGUUUUCAACAGAACCAACAAAUUCAACAGAGUCAACGUAUACAACAGACUCUGUAUUCAAAGAACAAUCAAGUGAAAGUGCAAUAAUAAUUCUGUCAGUUAUUUCUGUGGUGCUGGUACUAGUCACCGUCAUCGUGGGAUUCCUUGUCGUAUAUUACUUAACAAAAUACAGAAAACGAAAGCGACGUUUGGAAUUAAUAACUGUCCUUGCUCGUGAAUAUCCAGACAUGCAAAAUGGAUUAGGGCCUUCAAGAAUGAAAUAUAUUGAAACAAAACAUGAAUAUAAGAAUGGUCAUUCUAAUAAGUUUCAUACGUUUUUGAAACUGAGCAUGAUUAACAAUGGUACCAAAAUAGUUCGUCGUUGAAAAUGAACAAUGCAUGUACAAUUUUCCAUCUUAGCAAGCCAAGGAUUACGAUUCAUAGAGUGGAAAUGAUGGGACUGGAUCGUACUUCUUGGCUAUUGAAGAUGAAAAUUUCCCCUUUGUGUUCAAAAAGCAUUAUUUCUAACUAUGGACUGUCCGACUAUUAAAUAUUUUUUCUAGUUUAAGUGUUUAUUUUGAAACUAUAUAUCCCGAAUGAUAAACAAACAUGUAAAUUUGAAUAUAUUAAUUUGUACUUUGUAAACUUUAAAGCAUGUCAAACUACAAUGCAUUCAUUCAACAUAGUAAUGUAAAUAGCAUUGAAAGAAGGCCUGUACA